AUGUGUUGUAACUACUACGGAAACUCCUGCGGUGGCUGUGGCUAUGGCUGUGGCUAUGGCUCCCACUAUGGCUGUGGCUAUGGCUCUGGCUGUGGCUCUGGUUGUGGAUAUGGCUGUGGCUCUGGCUGUGGCUAUGGCUCUAGCUGUGGCUAUGGCUGUGGCUAUGGCUCCCGCUAUGGCUGUGGCUAUGGCUCUGGCUGUGGCUCUGGUUGUGGAUAUGGCUGUGGCUCUGGCUGUGGCUAUGGCUCUAGCUGUGGCUAUGGCUGUGGCUAUGGCUCCCGCUAUGGCUGUGGCUAUGGCUCUAGCUGUGGCUAUGGCUGUGGCUCUGGCUCUGGCUAUGGCUCUGGCUGUGGAUACAGCUGUGGCUAUGGCUCUGGCUGUGGCUAUGGCUGUGGCUAUGGCUCUGGCUGUGGAUACAGCUCCCGCUAUGGCUGUGGCUAUGGCUCUGGAUGCUGUGGCUACUAA